AUGGCCACCCCUUCUCCCACCGUGGCAGAUAGUGCCACGGGCACAUCAACGACAUCGUCGCCAACCUGCACCACGGCAGUUCCUGGAAAGUACGGCGCUGUUCCCAUCGAUGCAUGCAACAGCUAUCACUUGUUUGAACCCAAUUUUGCCGCCAACAUCGCCUUCGCCGUGCUCCUCGGCUUGAGUGCAAUCAUCCACAUCAUUCAGGCCGCCGUCUAUAAAAAGAGGUACUGUUGGGUCCUGCUCAUGGGGUGCCUGUGGGAAGCUGGCGCCUUCAUCCUCAGAGCUGUGGCUGCCCACAACCAACAGCAGCUUGCCUUGGUCGUACUGGGCACGCUUUUACUUCUCUUGGCCCCGCUAUGGGUCAAUGCAUUUCUCUACAUGACCGUGGCUCGACUCAUACAUUACAUGCUCCCUAGCCAGCAAGUAUACGGCAUCAAGGCCUCCGUCCUGACCAAGAUCUUCGUUUGGCUCGAUAUCUUUUCCUUCCUUGUGCAAGGCGUCGGAGGUUCUCUGCUUUCCAACCAAGACGAAGGUGGCAAGGCUAUCGUCAGCGCCGGCCAAAAGGUCUACGUGGUCGGAGUGGGCGUUCAAGCCCUAUUCAUCAUUGCUUUCAGCGUCAUGACUCUGACUUGGGCGCUGCUCGUCGCCUUUGCUCUAAUCAUGAUUCGAAUCAUCUUCCGCCUUGUCGAGUUUAUCCCAGGAGCCAACGAAAAUAACCCUCUCCUGAAAAGCGAGUACUACGUCCUCUUCCUCGAUGGCUUCCCAAUGCUACUCUGCUUCAUCCUCCUCAACGUCCUUCACCCCGGCCUGGUCCUACGCGGGCCCGAGAGCGAUUUCCCACGCCUUUCUCGCAAGGAGAAGAAGGCUCUGAAGCGCGAAAAGAAGGAAGCGAAAAAGCAGGCCAGGAUGGACCGGAAAUCGGAGAAGAAGCAGCGGCGAACGGACGAGACCAACGCCAGUCGCGGGUGGCAUCAUAUCGACCUUGACAGCAUAGAACAGCGCGGAACAGACCAGGAUAAUUCGCCCUCAGGAAUGGAACUAGGACGUUCAAGCCAGGACUCUUUGCGAAGGAACCAUGACAUGCGUGUCUGA